AUGCAAGAAUCAAAGGAAACCCACAUAUCCAAUCACCUGGAUGAAAUUGUUGCUGCUGUCAGCAUUACACCUAGAAAGAAGAUCCAAAACAAGCUGCCUCAGACAGCACUAUUCCAGCCUCCUCGAGAGAAACUCCACCUCUGUGAAGAGAAAGCGAAGUCUUAUUCUAGCAGUCACAAAUAUGAACAGGCUGUCCGCGAGCUUGUACGCUGCAUGGCGCUGACGAGAAUUUGCUAUGGUGACUCACACUGGAAACUAGCAGAGGCACAUGUUAAUCUGGCCCAAGGCUACCUCCAGCUGAAAGGACUGUCCCUGCAAGCAAAACAACAUGCAGAAAAAGCCAAAGAAAUCCUCACCAACUCCAUCGUGCCUCCCUAUAACGACAAUACAGAUGUUUUCAAGUGUUCGAUUGAGCUAUUCCAUACCAUGGGGAGAGCCUUACUCUCCCUUCAAAAGUUUAAAGAAGCUUCCGAGAAUUUGACAAAGGCAGAGACACUUGCAAAGGAGCUGCUGCAAUGUGGAAGGAUUGUAAAGGAGGAAUGGAUAGAAAUUCAAGCACGGAUCAAAUUGUCAUUUGCACAGAUGUAUCAAAGUCAGAAGAAAUCAAAAGAAGCCCUGCCCCACUAUCAAGAGGCUUUAGAAUACACUGAGAUCAGUCGAGGUGAAAAAAGUCUUGAAUGUGUACCAAUAUUGAAGGAAUUGGCAGGUGUAGAGCGAGCCCUGGGAGUUCAUGACGCAUCCAUCAACCAUUUUCUACAGGCGCAUCACAUCGUGCUGAGCAGAAACCCCUCUCAAGAAGAGGCAGCAGUCUCUGCACAUUUGGUCGCCCGCGCUGUCGUCGCUUCCGGGGGGAUUGAACACCACGAUGUGGCCAAGCAGUAUUUUCAAGAGAGCAUGGCUAAUCUUAAGGAUGCUGAAGGGAUGGGAAAAGCCAAAUUUCUUUCAAUUCAAGAUGAUUAUUGCCAUUUUCUACAAGUCACCGGACAAAAAGAGAGAGCAAUCUCCAUCCUGAGAGAGUCCCUGGAAGCCAAAGUGGCAGUGUUUGGUGACCUCAGCCCGGAGGUGGCAGAGACAUACCGGCUGUUAGGUGGGGCCGACCUGGCACAGGGGAACCAGAGUGGGGCCCACAAGAAACUAAAGAAGUGUCUUCAGAUUCAGACCCUCUUAUAUGGAGCACAGGACAAAAGGACUCUGGCCACCCAGCAGACAGUGGACGUCCUGUCCAAGGCCCCCGAGGUGGCCGCGAAGACCCGGCAGGCCCCGAAAGCCAAACCGGCCUUCUUCACCGGCGUGCCGGGGAAGGUGCAGCCCAGCGCAGCGGACUGA